GUGAAAGUAGAAACACUGUUCCCAAGUUUAUGUAUCUGGAUCUGCUUCUUUUUGCCUUCCAGAAAACCGACUGGGCAGGUGACGAUGACGCGUGCAGUUCCUAUGGACAUGCAGAAGGGCAUCAAUUGAUCCAUUCCCGACUCGUACUGGUGCGGACGAAUCACGAGAAACUUUUGAUCUUUGAGAUCCAGGAGGCCUUGGAGGAAGGCCUUGACUGGCAGUGGCUGGGUCUGUCACUUGAUAAACUUUUCACAACGUCUAAGGGACUCAAGGACCGGAAGGACCUGUUGAAUAAUCUCAAGGUCGCCAAGAGAACUUUCCUUGAACUUGUGGACAGAUUUGCUGGAUAG